AUGGAGAAGCUGCUAGACUACUUGCACUGUGGAGAAGAGGAGAAAUUCAAUUAUGCCACCUUCAUGCUUCAAGGCAAGGCAGACAGAUGGUGGAAAGGAGUUAAACGAGCAACGACCCCUCGAGCUAGGGCACUAUAUGUCACCUGGGAGCGAUUCAAAGAACUCAGUCUUAUGCAGUUAAGGCAAAUCGGGGACAUGACUGUAACCCAGUACGAAGAUGCUUUCAACCGACUAAUCAGGUACAUGCCCAUUUAUGAAGGAGAUGAAAGGAUCAAAGCCCAAAAGUUCUUAGGGGGGCUAAAUCUAAGGCUUCAGCGGGCCUUGAGCAGUAUAAGUACUCAAUCUUAUACAGAAGUGGUGCUGCAAGCUGUCACAACUAAGGCUAAUCUGAGUCGGAUCGAAGCCAUUCAAGGAGAAAGUCAGCAAGCAAGUAAUCAAAGAGCAGGCAAGAAGUUGGACCUCAAGAGGCCUAAGUUCAAGCCUAGCAAUCCAUGCACCAGAUGCCAGAAGCAACACCCCGGGAGGCCGUGCUGGAUAGGAAAGAAAGGUUGCUACAACUGCGGAGAAGAGGGACAUGUCAACCAGAACUGCCCUAAGAAAGGAAUCACUUGUUUUAACUAUUAG